AUGAAAGAGAAGGACCAGCUCCAGAGUGAACACAGCAGGGCUGUUCUGGCCCGCAGCAAGUUGGAGUCCCUGUGUAGGGAGCUGCAGAGACACAACAAGACCCUCAAGGAGGAGACCCUCCAGAGGUGUAGGGAGGACGACCUGAAGAGGAAGGACAUCACCACUCACUUCCAGAGCACGCUAACGGACAUCCAGGUCCAGAUCGAGGAGCACAGUACCCGCAACACCAAGCUGUGUCAGGAGAACAGCGACCUGGCAGAGAAACUCAAGAGCCUCAUCUCCCAGUACGACGCAAGAGAGGCGAACCUGGAAAAGGUGUUCAAACAUAGAGACCUGCAGCAGAAGUUGUUGGAAACCAAACUUGAACAGGCAAACAUGAUCAUUGCUGCGGGAGAGGAGAAGCACAAGCGAGAGAAAGACCACUUGAUAAAUAAGGCUGCACGGUCGCAGGUGAAGGUGCAGAUUCUGAAAGAACAAGAGGAAGGGAUGCAGGCCCAGAUUUCCAUGUACUCCGAAAAGUUUGAUCAAAUCCAGGGGACUGUGUCAAAGAGCAAUGGAGUGUACGCCAGCUUCAGACAGGACAUGGAGAAGAUGUCCAAGAAGAUGAGGAAGCUGGAGAAAGAGUCUAUCCAAUGGAAAAGCCGUUUCGAGGGCUGCAACAAGGCUCUUAUCGAUAUGCUCACAGACAAAACCUUGAAGGAGAAGGAGUUUGAGCUGUUCACCUUGAAGACUCGGAAGCUGGAGAAACUGUGCCGGGCACUGCAGGAGGAGAGGAACAGUCUCUCUCAUAAGCUCCAGGAAGCCAAUCCAGCGGCUGCCACCAGUGUAGCGGAGACAAAAGAGAAGGAGAAUCCAGAGGUACCUGCUACUGAAAAGCCCAGUGAGACACCCUCUGAAAAACCCAGGGCUACUGAAACCUCUGUUCCUAUAGAGACCCCCGCAGUCGUAACUCCUGCUACUAAAAAUCCCGCUCCUGCAACCCCCCUGACCAGAGAGCUGGCUGACCUGAAGGCCCAGAAGGCCCGUCUACAGGAGAUUCAAGUGUCCUUCACCCUUUCCAACGUCGUGCCGCCUGAGUUCUUUGACAACGAGGAAGAGGAGGAGACCACCACAGAGCCACAUGGACAAACUGAUGCCCCAGAGGCCAGUAACGAGGCAACCAAGGCCCCAGAGAAGAAUCACAUAGAGGGGUGUAACGGAGACAAGACGACAGAGGAGACCACUAGUCCAUCUUCUUCUGCCGUAGCAGCUGAAGAAGACGAAGCCCAGGAGCAGAGAGAUAGGGAUAUGGAGUCAGUUGACUAG